GCUGAUUUCUCAUGGUCUUAUAAGUAUACGGAGCUCUGAUUUAACUCCCUAGGGUUUCUAUCUUCGUGCUUCGUUGUUCCGAUAUUGAGAUUUUGAGCGGAGAUGUCGGCGAAGGAAGAGAACCGGAUUUUUGUAGGAGGCUUGUCGUGGGACACCACGGAGCGGCGGCUGGAGGGGGAGUUCGGCCGCUUCGGGAAGGUUAUCGAGGCUCAAGUCAUGCUGGAGAGAGAUACUGGCCGCCCCCGUGGAUUUGGAUUUGUGACAUUUUCUGAUCCUCGUGCUGUUGAUACUGCUAUCAGUGAGAUGCAUGGACAUGAGCUGGAUGGACGAGUCAUCUCAGUGAACAAGGCUCAGCCUAAGAUGAGCACAGAUGACACUGGCUAUGGCUACAAUGGAGGGGGAUACACAGCAGGCAGCAGAGCUGGUUAUCGUGGUGAUGAUGGGCCACCACCCGCAGGGCGUUCUGAUGAAUGCUUCAAGUGUGGUAGUCUUGGACAUUGGGCACGUGAGUGCCCUUUGGCCGGGGGAGGCAGUGAUGGUCGUUUCUCUUCUCGCUCGAAGUUCGGCAGGGGUGGUGGCCGUGGGGAUCGUGGUAGGGGGCCAGAUCGCUACAGUGAUCGCUAUUCAGAUGAUCGUUAUGAUGGGGGUCGUUAUGGGGACCGAGAUCAUUUUGGUAACAGGGACAGUCGUUAUAGUGGUGGCCGUGAUCGAUAUGCUAAUGAUCGUUACGGACCUCCCGGGGAUCGUUUUUCGGGUGAUAGGUAUGGAGGUGGACCUGAUCGUUACCCGCAGAAUGGAUACGUCAGGGAACGAAGCUAUGAACGAGAUGGUCCGCAUGGUGGUGGUACCUAUGAUCGAGAGGGAGGGCCAAGAGGCAGUGGCUAUGACAGGGAUGGACCACGUGGUGGUGGCAGUGAUAGAUAUGGGAGUGGUGGCCCUGCACGUUAUGAUGGUGGUGGAAGUUACAGGGACAGGCCCAGGCCAUAUGAUCGACCAAGUAGGGGUGGGCGCCCACCAUCUUUUGAUGUUCGCUAUUGAUGAAUGUAGGCUGUUAACAGUUAACCUGCAGUUGUUUUUCCUGACUUUGCUCUUUGCUACUCUAGGGUUGAUUGUGGAACAAUGCAGUGGUUGUUGGUUUUGUUAAUAUAAGGAUGGAAGAUCUGUUCUGUCCUUUUGCUUUUGGAAUCAUCUGAAUCCAUCUGGCAAUGUUAGCAGCUAUAUGAUAGUUUGUCUUAUACAUUCAGAUUGACUCA